AUGUUCUACAUGCAUAUAUGUGCCAAGCCUCAGCGGCUGGUGUACUCGGGCUGGCUCACUUGUGAUGAGGCCGAGUGGAUGGCUGCGUACUUGACGGCACACAAUGGCCAGCUGCCGAUGCCCCCGCAUGUGCCUUCGGCCGCCGAGGCUGUAGGCAUGAUGAGGACGGCGGAUCUGGCGGCGCUGGGCAACGCGACGUCGCUGCGGCCCAAGAGCCGAUCGGCCCGCACUGCCGUGAGCAAGGCGAGCGAGCUCCUGCUGCACGCGUCGCCACUGCUAAAGGCCAUGCUGGAGGGCCUCAAUCUCGAGGUUGCCGCCCGUAAGCGCGAGGCUGUCGUCGUGCGACGAGCAAACCGCCCACCGUUUCCGCCGACCUGGCCGAAGCUCGACUCGGCGACCUCGCGCACCGCUGUGCUCAACAUCCAAGUCGCCACUGCGUACCGAAUGCACCCGAUCCGCCCGGCCAUGGCGUUCCACAAGUUUGUCGUCGGGCAUGCGUGCGGUAAGUCUCGCGUCGCCGACUACCGCCGCGAAGUUGCGUUCUCCGGAUGGCUCACUGCUCAAGAGGCUCGCCUUGUCCGCGACGCCAUCGUUAAGUGCAUGACUAUGCUGGACAAGUCGAGCCGGAAUCCAGAGCCAAAGUCGCCGCCGAGCGCCCAGAGCCGGCAGCCGCGGUGGCCAGUCAAGUCCGUCGAUCCGCUCGCGUCUCAAACCCGCAAAAAGCGCAUCCGAGCCGCCGUCAAGGCGAAGAAGGUGCCGAGCCAUACCUACUUUCCGCAGAUGCACCACAAGCUUGCCGAUGGCACACCCAUUCCGAUAUCGGUGAGACGCCGCGCCGGCGUGGUGCCUUCGGACCACGGUCCGAUGUACCUCUGCCAUGUCCUCCACCCGCGUACCAACAAGCUCAUUGUGUACUCUUGGCUCACCCUUGCAGAGCUGGACGCGCUCAUUGUUCAUCUCAUCGCUCUCGACAAGCAUGCGCGUCGGUGA